AUGGUCUAUAUGCUUCUACGCAGUCUAUCAGUACCCCAUAGUAAAGCCAGAGCUUAUCCAACUACACCUGUUCACAGAUCCAUGGGAGCAAAUUUAUCACUACUAGCGCCUCAAGCGCACACUGUGGCCGCGAGAUCAUAUGUGGAUAUUCUUUCUAACUACGAGUUCCUCUCGGUCAGGAACAAUUCCCGAUUCCUCAAAACAAUGGAGGCCUACGAUCGCACCUCGGGAAUGCUUGUUGCCAUCAAAAUCUUUAUCAAACCUCCUCAAGGAAAGAUUGAUCUUCGCGCUGUUGCCGAAAACAUCGCUCAAGAAGCGCUGCUUCUCGCACAACACCUCAAUGUACUCACUUGGCACCAAGUACUAGAAACACCUGCUGCUGGAUAUUUGGUGAGACAGUUGGCCAAGGCAAAUUUAUACGACAGACUUUCUUUGCGGCCGUUCCUUGCGCCCAUUGAGAAAUUGUGGCUCGUGUAUCAGCUAUUAAGGGCAGUUGAGCUUCUCCACGAAGAUCUCCACAUAUGUCAUGGAGACAUCAAAACAGAAAAUAUUCUCUUGACUAGCGCCAAUUGGUUGGUUUUAUCGGACUUUGCUCAGCACACCAAGCCAGUGUAUUUGCCCGAUGACAAUCCUUCCGAGUUUGUGUUUUACUUUGACUCAUCGAAUAGACGCUCGUGCUAUGUUGCACCGGAGCGCUUCUACAGCAAGUCGGAGAGAGCCUCUGUAUUGCAAAAUCGCUCAGAAUGGAAACUAUCAUCGGGUGCAGAUCUCUUCUCUGUAGGCUGCGUAAUUGCAGAACUCUAUAUGGAUGGCGAAGCGACUUUCACGCUCUCUGAUUUGUACAAGUAUAAAAGGGGAGAAAGCAGCCCCAAUCUUGGCCGUAUCCUGAAUCCAGAAAUGCGCAAUGUGGUUCGCGAACUUCUCAAUUUGGAGGCUGACAAGCGGCCUUCAGCAGCUCAUAUUCUAGAGUCUUCACGCGGAGCAUUGUUCCCAAAUUACUUCUACGACUUUCUCUACGACUUCAUUGGAAAUCUCAAUAGCAUAAAUGGUGCUCUGCAAACAAAUAAUGACGAGAACUACUCAGAGAGUGAUGAAAAAAUUGAUUAUAUUUAUGCGAAUUAUGAGAAAGUUUCCCUGGCGUUCAAUUUCGAUUAUAGUAUGGCGUUGGAGCUGAACCCAUCCAAAACCAAGUUUCCAUACAUGAAGACAGGGUUACCUGGUGUGCCUAAAGACUACAAAUUUAAGACAGCUAAUCAGAUAAAGGAGAAAUCCGAAGGUUCAGGACAGCAACAGGGGGUUUUGAUGAUUCUAGAUAUUGUGUUCUCUCUUAUGGGCUCGCUCAGACGGCCCAGAAGCAAAGUCAGGGCUUGUGAAAUUAUCGUCGCUUUAUCGGAACGAAUAUUCGACGAAUCAAAGCUUGACCGUUCGCUACCUUACCUCUGCAGCUUACUAGAAGAGUUCAUUGAUGAAGCAAUGCUGUAUCAAAACAGUGACCCUGUUGAUCCCACUAAUAUCACAGACAGAAGUAAACUUACUGCAUCUGUUGCCCGGGUAUCUCUCAUAGCCAUCACUAAUUUGCUUCGAACGUGCUCAGGGAUAAAUGCGAUAAAUGCCCUUGUUUUCCCGGAGUAUAUCUGUCCUUUGCUUAAAAACAUUGCUUUCCUUAACUACCCUUCGCAAGACGAAGUGUCGUUGUUGAAAUGUACUUUAGCGAGAUGCUUCCCAUUCUUGGCUAUUAUCUCCAACAAAUUCAAAUUAUUUCUUGAGGUCGCACUGACUGAAGGAGGAGAUGCUGUUACCCUGAAAGAUGAUGACAUGAGAGGCUUGUGUAGCUCCGCAAGUGUUCGCGUUGAGCCUGACUUUAGGGACGUUGCAGAAGCUCUCUUAACAGAUGUCAACGUCAAUGUUCGAGUGACUCUUAUAAACAAUAUUUUGCCCUUGUGUCAAUUCUUUGGCGUGGACAAGACAAAUGAUAUUAUUUUGCCCCAUUUGAUUACAUACUUGAACGAUCCAAGCUACCAGUUGAGACUCGCAUUCUUGUCUUCGAUAAAGGAAAUCGGAGGAUUCAUUGGGGUCCUUUCCUUUGAACAGUAUAUUCUUCCGUUGCUUAUACAAGUUCUUGGUGAUACUGAACUGUUCAUUGUCCUCAAAGUGCUCAAUAUCUUUCACUACUUUGUAAACGAGCGCCUCAUCAAUCCUGCUGCAGAGUUCAAUGCCUGGUCGAUUUACAAGGAUAUGUUGCAAAGUUCAAUUCUGCUCUUGCUACAGCCAAAUGAAUGGAUCAGACAGAAUGUUAUAUUUCUUAUUUUGGCCAUCUCUGAGAAUCUUCUGAACGCAGAUCGGUUCUGUUUCUUAUAUCCAAUCAUCAAGACAUAUCUUUCAUACGAUAUAACGCAGAUUAAUUGGGAUACUCUAUACCCAAGUUUGACUCGGCCCGUAUCCAAACAAGUGAUAGAGACUUCACUUGCUUGGCUACUGAGUGCAAGCAGUAAGUCUCUUUUUUGGAAACAAACAAGGAUAUCUGUGUUCCAACAAAAUGGAAGAAAAAAGCUCGUCUCUUUCCAUAAAGAAAUGGGAAGGUCGGUUUAUGCUGAUAGAAUGAUCCCAAGGACAAAUCCCGAGGAUUCAUUUGCUUCAGGAGAUAUUCCAUUGUCGUUUGAGGAUAAACAAUGGGUUCUUAAACUAAAAUCUGUCGGUCUUGCAGAAAAAGAUCUAUGGAAAGUUUUUGCCCUUAAAGACUACCUCAUAGGAAGUAGUCGGUCUGCAAAUCAGACCGUGUCACACCUACAAAGGGAGUUCGAGCUUGCGACUUCGAUCAACAUUUCGCCAAAGAAUAUGUUUUUCGAAAUCUGCUACAAGUCUGAACCAAUAAAUUCCGGAAAGAAGGGUAUACAGGCUAAUGUCGAGUACCAAGAAGCUAGCAAUAUUUCAGUCAUUUCUCGCAAGGAUAGCUUGUCACUUGUACUCCCUCACAAUGGCAAAGCAAAGGCUUCAACUCAAACCCACGAAGCUAAUGUUUUCGGGGAACUAGAGCUACAUCACGAGGACAAGCCGUCCCAACACCGGCAUUUGCAUAGUAACUCCAAAAACUCAGAGACAACGCAUCGCAUUCUCAGCACAAACGAUGAAAAAAUCAUCUCCACGAUGAUUCGCCACAAUUUCGGUGGCACAAACCCUUUCAUACUCCAAUUCCUAAAAAAUGUCGAGUUUGAGCCCUCAUUGGAUGAUUUCUCAGAGUUUGGGCAAUUGAUUAAGGGAUCUCGUGAGAGCUCAAACAUCCGGGCAGAUUUCAAUUUCUCUGGAGUUCAAGUUUCUUCAUUCAAUUUGAAUGACUCUUUCAAGUCAAUCGAUGCAAUCACUAAAGUUGCAGUCUGUCCCACCUCAGAGAUCAUUGUGACUGGUUCUAGAAGCGGAAAAGUCAAGGUUUGGGAAACCUCAAAGCUCGAGACAUCUCUCAGUGAUACCCCAAGUAUAGCUGUAGACUUGGGUCAAUCUGUCACAGAUAUUGUUUUCAUACCUCAUAGAUGGGUAUUUGCUAUCUCAACUGUUGAUGGAUACAUUCGUCUCUUUCGUAUUCAUGCUGUUCGUGGAAAAAACCGCAAAAUUGUCAAGCUCUCAAAGCUUAUCCCAGUCCGAAAGACCAAAUUGGAUGACGGCUAUGCAAAAAUGUUACAGUUUGUUACCUCAGCCUCAAAAAUGUUGUGCGUGAUGGUUACCUUUUCGUGCAGAGUAAUUGCACUUGAUGUGAUAAAAAUGGAGAAAGUGAUUCAUUUACAAAACCCUCUUCGGUAUGGUAUAACACUGACGUUUACUGUCUGUAACUUGUGCUCCUGGAUUCUAGUUGGAACAUCGGAAGGCGUAUUGUGUCUAUGGGAUGUUCGUUUUGGACUACUUUUGGCCUCUUGGCGAGUAGCUAUUGAUGGCAUAGUAGGACCGAAAACGGAGAUAAAGAAGCUUACAAUUGUUCCCAAACCCCCUAAUUGCAAAAAGCAUCAUAAUGGGGUUUACUUUGCGAUGAUUGGCGGUGCUGAAGGAGCAGAUGUAACAGUUUGGGAAAUGCCCUCAUUAGCAUGUCGCCAGUACUACUCUGCACACGAAGAAAAUCCUAAAAUUAGGUCAUACAGCUUACACAAGAUAGAAUCGCUCCGAGAUAUCUCUGUGGACGAUAUAUUGGCCGAGCUAUCUUUGGAUUUGAACCAGCAUACCGCGAAAGGCCUUCAGUUUCUUGACUAUAUCGAGGGAAAACCAUCCGCUCUCAAUGGGCAUCUUGUGCUGGUGACUGACGAGCAGCGGGUGAUCAUAUGGAACUGGAAAGAUGUCACUCGGUCAACUCUGCUUUUCGCCGAUGCGCAAGCCCGGUUCACGCGCAACGACGUAUCUCCGUCACUCUGUGUGAACAACGAGCGCCUUUCCCAGAAUGCGUCUGCGCAAAAAAGGCAUUCGAUGCAAAACGACGAGCGAAUCACUGACUUGUGCUUCGUCUACAAACCGUACCCAAUGCUUGUCGUAGUGAAAGAUGACGGAUAUAUGCAUGUAUACAAGUGA